CGGGCGGCUGCGCGCGCAGCCUGGCUCAGGCUCCUCCCCCCUCUCGGCUCCAGAGCCGGCGAGUGGCCCGCUUCUUCUCCGCCCUCCGAGAUGGCGCUGGACCCCGCAGAGCAGCAUCUCAGACAUGUGGAAAAAGAUGUUCUGAUCCCAAAAAUAAUGAGAGAAAAGGCCAGAGAGAGGUGUUCUGAACAAGUUGAAGAUUUUACCAGAUGUUGCAAGGACUCUGGAAUCCUUAUGGUAGUAAAAUGCCGGAAAGAAAAUUCUGCAUUGAAAGACUGUCUAACUGCUUACUAUAAUGAUCCAGCCUUCUAUGAAGAAUGCAAACUGGAAUAUCUCAAGGAAAGGGAAGAAUUCAGAAAAACUGGAGUUCCUACUAAGAAGAGGCUGCAGAGGCUUCCUACAAGCAUGUAGGUCAAUAAUGAGUCCAGGAAGUCACAUCUUAAUGGAAACCACUUGUAAUAUAAGCCAAAAAUGAUGGACUGAAACAAUGUUUGCUCACCCUAAUCAUGAAAAUACUUAUUUUUUAUGAAAUAAAAAAAUCUUUAUUUCAGAGUUCUAGUUUAUUAAAUAUGGGAUAGGAGGAAAACUAAAAGGAAUGUUUUCCUGAAAAAAAAAUUUUUUUUAAACCAAGUCCUUCCACAACUGUAACUGCAGUCAGUGCUAGUGGUCUUAGAAUUUCAUAUGUGCAUUACCUUCUGAUUAUGCAGGCUGAUGGCUAGUGCAGGACCAAAGUACUAAAGCAAAGGAACCAACAGCCUUCAACCCUCUCAUACAGAGCACCACAGCUGUGAGCCAGAGCUCUUAUUCACUCCAGCUCUUAGUAUGCUACUGUGGACAUCAGUUUCAGUGACUUACAACUUACUCAGCUUUGUCAGAAUAUGGGGCAUGUAGGCAGGGCUUCAGGCUUGACAUGGGCUUAUUUGAAAACAUAGAUGAGGUUGGGUGAAUUAAUUUUCUGAAACCUUUGAUGGCAAAGUUUCUGCACUAUGUUUCUUGAUCUUUUCAACUUUGUAUAAUCUUUGAUUUUAAGAUGUUGUCAUGUUAAGUGUGAACUUGUGUUUUGUAACAUUGGGGAUUCAGGAGGAACUGUGGUUUUUGCUCCAGUGUGUUAAUUUGGGCCUACCUCCUCCCCCCCUUGCCUUUUUAAGCUAUUUUCUUAAACAGGAAGAGUUAGCUUUUGCUCCAAUCCCAUGAAAACAGUUUUUCUCAUUCAAAUAAAAUGAGCUAUGAAUGCAUGUUAAUUUUUACACAGUACUCACCAAAGAACUA